UGAUGUGAACCAAACUCCAAAACCCGCCCUUCGAUUUCAUUGACUUUUUUUUGCUUCGCCUAUCAAACCAAACCAAACCAAACCAUCCCCCUCGCCUUUUAUCUCUCUUUCUCUGUGUCCAUUUCAUGUUCCAUAUAUAACAACACGAGACUGGAACGCAGCCUAGUUCAAAUGACCAUGGACCGAGCACAACCGAGCUCCGACUCACCGACGCGAGAGCCGAAAUCCCCUGUGGUUCUCUCCAUCGACUGCCUCAAGGGAACCAAUAAAGCCGACGAGUGGACCGACGACAUGCUCCAGACCGGAGACAUAGUCGAGGAGCUCCGUAUCGGCACCUCCGUCACCGUCAAGGCGCCGUUCAAGAACGGCAGGAGCGGCGUCCAGAAGAUUCUGCACGCUUCCUUCAAGGCCAAGGACACGUCGAUCCAGGUCAGAGUACGGCGCGGCCGGGACGACUUCACCGAGUUGCAGGCUUGUAUUGUCCCCAAUGACUCCGCCGGAAAAAAGGUGUACAUGCUUCGGUCCAUCACGGACCCGAACUACGCCGUCGGGUUCUGCGACCAUACGGAAGCCGACUGCUUUGAACUACAAGCUUCAAGGAACGCCCGGAUGGUUAGUGCACUAACCAGGACUAAACUUCAAGAUGGAUAUGUUGCAUAUCCUUGGGAAAGGAAGAUGCAGGAGUUGCUACCAAUCCCCUAUUCUAGUAGCUUUCUAUCAGUACUCUUUCUUCCAAAGGCUUCAGAUCGCGCAGCUUCUCGCUACAAUGACUUGGAUGACACCCUUGCUAGGGCAAAUGUCUGGCUUAAUGCCUCCCAGGCCUCUGGUGUCCCCGUUGUUUUCAUGAACAUCCAGACCGAGUCCCUUCUUACCAAGAUCUCCGGUGAGACAGCUUCUUCAACUGUAAACGCAGGGUCGUUAUCCGAUUUGGCUAAUCUUGCAAGUGCAAGCUUGUACGGUUUUGAAGAUUACCAUGGGGUUGACAUUGGUGUAGUCCGAGCUGUUCGCCUAUGGUAUGCUCCUCUUGGUCCAGAAAUUCCAGUUGAGAUCAAAUUGCAAGAAGGAGACGUGAAACUUGGUUUUGCCAUUAGCCGCACAGAAGAGGGGUUUAUAUACGUUUCAUCAGUGGCUGGUGGCGAUGAAAAUGCACCUUCAAGUCGAUCGGGGCUGAGCAAUUUGUACAAGGAAGCAAUGAAUGCAUCAAGGCUGCUGGUGGUGUCAAGGGUCUCUAACCAAAAGGUGCUUCCUUGGAUGGUUUCCUCAACAGGAGCAGUUCGAUGCUACGAUACCGUUUCACUCAGCCAGAAGCUCUCACUGCACCGUCACGCCAAGAUUCCGGUGUCCAUUCACGUUUUUCUCUGGGAUAGAACAGUGGUUCCUUCAAAUACAAACCAAACAAGAAGGGGCGCCUCCCCACCAACUAUGCCAUUACCUUUACCGCCUGAGGUUCAAUUGUCUCGUCAGCCGAAUGAGAACCAAAUACAACCUUUACCAUUAGAACUUGCUGAUGAAAGUGGAAGUGUCAUGAGUGAACGGUUAUCAGAGAGGCUUGAGAGAGAUACAGCUGGGGAGUCCUCAUUUAGAUUCCAUGAUUUUUCACUUUCUAGCAAUUGGGUAUGAAUAUUAUAUAUUUUGGUUCUUAAUUUUGUGAAAUAUCAUGGGUUCUUUCUCUGA